UAUCAUCCUGUGUCCCGCCGUCCCAGCUUGAUAUCCUAGCUUCAGAUCCCUUAUCCAUUAGCUACAUAAACAGACUGCCCAACAUGGCUCGCAAAUUCUUCGUGGGAGGAAACUGGAAGAUGAACGGGACGACCUCGUCCGUUAAGGACCUCGUCAAGACCCUGAACGAAGCCAAGAUUGACCCCAAUGUUGAGGUCGUCGUCGCCCCACCAGCUCUCUACCUCCUCCUCGUCCGCGAGCAACUGCGCAAGGAAAUCGAGGUGGCCUCGCAGAACGUGUUUGACAAGCCUAACGGCGCCUUCACCGGCGAAAUCUCCGUCUCCCAGCUCCAGGACAGCGGCAUCACCUGGACUAUCCUCGGCCACAGCGAGCGCCGGACCAUCCUGGGUGAGAGCGACGAGGUUGUAGCUGCCAAGACUAAGUACGCUGUUGACAACGGUGUCAGUGUCAUCUGGUGCUGCGGCGAGUCCCUUGAGGUCCGCGAGGCUGGCCAGACCGUCUCUGUGGUCACCAAGCAGCUGGAGGCGCUCAAGGCCAAGAUCGGCACCGAGGACUGGUCCAAGAUCGUCAUUGCGUAUGAGCCCAUCUGGGCUAUUGGCACCGGCAAGGUUGCCACCACCGAGCAGGCGCAGGAGGUGCACGCUGCCAUCCGCAAGUGGCUCAAGGAGAGCGUCAGCGACAAGGCUGCUGAGGAGACGCGCAUCCUGUACGGUGGCAGUGUCAGUGAGAAGAACUGCAAGGACCUGAGCAAGCAGGCUGACAUUGACGGCUUCCUGGUCGGUGGUGCCAGCUUGAAGCCUGCCUUUGUCGACAUCAUCAACUCUCUGCAGUAGAUGAUAGAGUCCGGCUGGAGAGCCACAGACGGGCCGCCAUGGGCGUUGCCGCUGCUCCUCGACCUAAUUCAAUCCAAAGGCAAAGAGCUGACGGACUUGAUACUAUGAAUAUGAAGCCGCUCAAUAAGUAGUAAAAGCAAAGAGAUACCAACAAAACUCU